AAAACACAAUAUAUAUAUACACACACACACACACGGACACAUACACAUGUAUGCAUAUAGACGCAUACAUACAUCCAUAUACAUACACACAUACGGAAUAUCCGUAAUUAACUCGCCAUGCAACAGGAGGAGAAUGAAAGAGAGACAAAGUGAAUGAGGCAAACGUUAAUUGAAAGAAAAGAACAGAACGAAAAGGAAAAGCAAGGGAGGCCACUCUGAAGUGGGUUUUGAGUUGUCAAUUACCUUGGAGUGAUGUGUGAUGUUGGUCGGUAAUUAUUAUAUCGGUUACGUAAACCAAACAACACCAAACAAACAGAAGGACGAAUUUCUUUUUUCGUUUCAUUCCUACAUUCCUUCACUCAGCUGUUUCUUCACAUGAUCUGAUCCUGACAAGAUGCCGAACAUAGAAAUGAAAUUUAGUUACCAUCACGUUGUCAUAUUCUGUUUGACAUUUUUAAGUUAUUCAUUUUUCCAUGCAACCCGUAAAACGCUCAGCAAUGUCAAAUCUUCCAUCUCUGAUGAAUGGACAACCGAAGGAUUCUUCAAAAGCAACAGAACCCAUCUCAGGAUCUUACCUAAUGAAACAUGGAACAGUCGUUCUGUAUUCGAUCAGAAGGAAGCAGAUAUUUUCCUUGGUUACAUGGACACCAGUUUUAUGCUGUUUUAUUCUUUCGGUUUGUUUCUGUCUGGUUACCUUGGAGACAAAUAUGAACUCCGGAAGGUUCUGUCAUUUGGAAUGUUCAGCAGUGGUGUCGUGGUUCUUUGCUUUGGCUAUGUAACUGAAGCGACACACGUUUACAAAAAAUAUUUAUAUAUGAUUCUGAUGGUACUCAAUGGUCUUCUGCAGUCUUUAGGGUGGCCAUGUGUUGUUGCUAUUAUGGGAAACUGGUUUGGAAAAUCAAGCCGUGGUUUUAUCUUAGGUCUUUGGAGCUCUUGUGCCUCUGUGGGUAACAUCAUUGGUGCUCUAGUCACUGCACGUGUACUAAAGUAUGGCUAUGAGUGUGCCUUUGCGUAUGCCUUCCUGAAGCUGGUGAAUUACUCUUUCUUCUUUUGGUUACCCCUCUACCUCGACCGCAACUUCCACUGGUCGGAGGAUAUGUCAGACAAAAUAUCCAUCUGGUAUGACGUUGGUGGCAUUUUUGGUGGAACUGUUGCAGGAUAUAUAUCUGAUCGUAUUGGGAAACGAGGUAUUGUAGUUGUACCAAUGUUGAUUUUCGCUAUACCAUCUCUUGUUCUCUAUUCCUACCUACCAACCAGUGUCAGUAUCACUACGAAUGCAAUUAUCCUGUCGAUUUGUGGCAUAUUUAUUGGCGGUGUUGCUAGUUUGAUUAGUGCUGCCAUCUCUGCUGAUCUAGGACAGCAGAAGACAUUGUCAAAAAGCAAGCGGGCUCUCGCAACAGUGACAGGUAUCAUUGAUGGAACAGGUAGUCUUGGUGCAGCUAUUGGACAGGUGACCCUACCUUACAUUGAGACCACAUACAACUGGGAAUGUGUCUUCUAUAUGUUUGUGAUCAUGACUGUACUCACUAUCGUUUGCCUAAUGCCAAUGUUUGUCCGAGAUGCAAGAGAAACUUUGCCGUGUUGUAAGCGACGCAAUAACCCAGAUGCUGAAGUAUCCAUAGACCCUCCAGUUCGUGAGAGUGGAAACACUGCCCCUUACAGUGAUCCUCCACCCUCAUAUGAUGAAAUUUCAUGAAAAGGAAUAUCGAAAACAAAAAAAAGAAAAAUAUGAAAUAAAAAAAAACCACCUGCUCAGAAAAAAAGGCAAAAAGAGAAUUGCAAAUCCACAACAGGGUGUACAUGAAAAAUGACUGUAUAUUUUGAAUUGCAAAGAAAAUUUAUGAAGACAAACAACAUCUAUCACAAAGAUAAAUAGAUUGGGAGAAACACAACGAAAUAUCAAAAUAUAAAUCAUAUCUAUUGGGGAAGAGAAAAAAAGAGUAAACAUAAAUUAACUCAAUCCAUUGGGAAAACACAAGGUUCUAAAUGUCCAUCAUGCAGGAAAAAAAUACAUUUUCAUUAUUAAUAUAUGCAUGUGUGUGUAUACAUAUAUAUAUAUAUAUAUAUAUAUAUAUAUAUAUGUGUGUGUGUGUGUGUGUAUAUAUUAAUGUAAUGUAUUUGUACAAAUGUAUAUAUGUAAAUAAUGUCGGUAUAUGUACAUAAA